CUUGUAAAUUGUUAUAUAGUUGGAUUUGUGAAUGUAUGCAUACUAUGAUCAGGCCAAGGCAUUCCACUACGGCUCCAUUAGCUUGAUCGCGGAGCCAUGCCGAUCGGCCCAUUUUCGAGCCCUGGACUUGGCUCGAGAAGCCGGUGCCAUCCUCUCGUACGAUCCGAACCUUCGGCUCGCGCUUUGGCCAUCGGCUGAAGCAGCCAAGGAGGGGAUGCUGAGUGUGUGGGAUAGGGCUGAUGUCAUCAAGAUCAGUGAUGACGAGGUGCCAUUCAUUACCGGCAAGGACACGCUGGACGAUGAUGUGGCGAUGUCUAUGUGGCACCCUGGCCUCAAGCUCCUCAUCAUCACAAUGGCUGAAAGGGGGUGCAAAUACUACACCAAGGAAUUCCAUGGUACAGUGGAUGGGAUACUUGUGAACACUGUGGACACGACAGGUGCCGGUGAUGCAUUCGUCGGUGCAAUGCUGUCUCAAAUGGUCGACGAUAUGUCGAUCCUCCAUGAUGAGAAGAGGUUAAGAGAAGCUUUACAGUUUGCAAAUGCAUGUGGGGCAAUCACUACAACAAAGAAAGGGGCCAUUCCUGCUCUUCCAACUAAAUCGGAGGCUCUCAGUCUUCUACAAGAGACAGAUGCUGCUAACCAUUAGUUUCUCAAAUCUCGUCCUUUUCUCUCUCUCUCUCUCUCUCUCUGGCUAUUUUAUGAGUGUUUUUCUCUCACUCUCUCUGGCUAUUUUGUGAGUGUGUUUCUUUCUCUCUCUGUGGCUAUUUUAUGAGUGUUUGUAUGAAGGUGUAGCUCUCUCUCUCUCUCAAAGAAUCUCUCUCCUAUCCUUUCGUUAACUACAAUCCAAUCAAGUCUCUAUCACUUAUCUCUC